AUGUUGCGAGUUGUUAGCACCUUAUUCGGUCCCUCGAGAGCCACACGAAACCCGGUUCAGAUAUUGUCCCGGCAUUUCCACAGGGACCCGAUUCCGGUGGCUUGGGAGAGGCCCGACGCCGGAUGGACGAAGCUAAACUUCGACGGCUCGUGUAAAGGCCUGAAGGGCGUGUCGAGCAUAGGCGGGGUGUUCAGGAACCACAAGGCCGAGUUCAUGCUGGGCUACGCGGAGCCCAUCGGCUCGACCACCAGCGUGGUGGCCGAGCUGGCGGCCCUCCAGCGCGGGCUGGAGCUCGUGCUGGAGAACGGGUGGAGCAACGUCUGGCUCGAAGGGGACGCCAAAUCGGUCGUGGAGGUCAUCUCGCGGCCCAACAGCAGGAAGCUGCUAAGCUGCGAGAUGGCUCGAAGACACGUCAGUCACAUCAACCUGAUCAUGUCGGAGAUCGAUAACUGCAUGGUAAAGCACGUCUAUCGAGAAGGGAACAGGGUCGCGGAUAAAUUUGCCCAGAUGGGGCAUGGGUUGGACCGGCCGAGAGUCUGGAGGCACGUGCCGCCGGACGAUGAUGUUUUGCUGCGGAUUGUGCAGGAGGAUGCCGUGGGGAAGAUCAUCAUCCGGAACCGGAGGAGACAAGACAGACAUUAA